AUGACACAGCAUAUCCUCAUUACAGGCGCAGGGGGCUUCAUCGGGCAGGAAAUUCUAGGCCCCCUCCUCGAUUCCUCAUCAAACAUCCACCUCACCAUCACAGACAUCGCUACACCUCCCGUUCCAGAAGCAUACUCGGAUCGCAUCACGUCCCUCAGCGCAGACCUCACCGACCAAGGCGUGGUGGAUAAACUCAUCACUUCUCAACGCUUCACGACGGUCUAUCUCUUUCACGGUCUCAUGUCAGGUGGUUCAGAAGCCAAUCUCGACCUGGGUCUCAAAGUAAACGUCGAUUCAGUGCGCUACAUCCUGGACGCUCUACGAACAAAGCUCCCUGGCGUCAAAGUAGUCUUCUCAAGCUCUUGUGCUGUGUAUGGACCCGAUGAAAAAUUCGUCACUGAGCAGACACUCCCGCAGCCAAAGUCAUCGUACGGCGCUGAGAAACUCAUCGCUGAAUUAUUAGUGAAUGACUUUUCGAGAAGGGGGUUAAUUGAUGGACGAAUCGUGCGACUUCCAACUGUCGUGGUAAGACCUGGAAAGCCAUCCGCCGCAGCAUCAAGUUUCGCAUCAGGAAUCGUGAGGGAGUCUUUACAGGGUAUUCAAAAUGUUCUCCCCGUUCCUCGAAGCAUUUCCAUGUGGAUCUGCAGUCCAGCCACUGUGAUUAAGAAUCUCAUCAUGAUCAAGGAUAUACCCGCAGAGAAAUUCGGGGAGUCGCGCAUUGUGAAUCUACCGGGUAUUACGGUUUCUGUGCAGGAUAUCCUGGAUGCUGUGGAGAAGGUGGGUGGGAAAGAGGCGGUGGGUUAUGUCAAGGAUGAAGAGGAUGAGGCUUUAUACAAGAUUGUUAAGAGCUGGCCUCCUUGGUUUGAUGAUAGUAGGGCAAAGAGUUUGGGAUUACAAACGGAUGGGGAGUUGGUUGAUGCUGUCAAGGCUUUCCAGGAGAGACUCAAGGCAAAGUGA